UUGAUUUGGAGUCGACAGCAAUUUUAUGACUACGGCAUUUCAGGAGAAGCUAGUGGCCAUAAGGAUAUUCUUAAAAUCAGUAUGAACUUAACUUUUUCACUUCUGUCCUCUCAAAGUUUACCUUAGAUCCCAUGUGUGGUGGAAACUCACCCUCCAAGCUUGAACUCUUCUCCAGUUUGAUUCUUUUCCUCCAGAGCAGCCUUGUUUUCCAAAUGAUUUGCAGGCUGCUGGAGGAGGAUGCGAGAGGGAGUCUGGCUCAUCGGAGCAGGCCUGCCAAGCACAUCUGGAAGUGGUUUCAGGGGCCGCCUCACUCGCCCAGCACAACGCCUGGAUUCCCAGCUGCUUGGCGCAGGGGUGGAAGAAACCCGAGCCGCUCCAGAGUUGAUGCAAGCAAAGUUGGGGGGGAGGAAGCUCAGGAGAGGAAGACUUUCGGAAACGGAAUAUUGGCCUUGAGGCUCUCCAGUCCUUUGAGAUUUCCAAUGGGAUUUUAGAAGCAGCUGAAGCAGCGUGAAGGGCAGCAGCCUGGGGCCAGCCACGAUUUGAACACUCUGCCCUGCAGUCCUUCUAGACAGAGGAGCCCAAAGCCCUGCCCUCACCGCUCACCAGGUUGCAGUUUUUAUCCACGUGAACACACAUGGCUUUGUUACGAAAAAUUAAUCAGGUGUUGCUGUUCCUUCUGAUUGUGACCCUCUGUGGGAUUCUGUAUAAGAAAGUACAUAAGGCUGCUGUUCUCAGGAAUGAAACAGAUGAUGACUCUGAGACUCCUGAGGAAGUGGAAGAUGAGAUCCCAGUGGUGAUUUGUGCAGCACCAGGCAGGAUGGGUGCGACCAUGGCUGCCAUCAACAGCAUCUACAGCAAUACUGACGCCAACAUUUUGUUCUACGUAGUUGGACUCCGGAACACUCUGUCCCGAAUACGAAAAUGGAUCGAACAUUCUAAACUAAGAGAAAUAAACUUUAAAAUUGUGGAAUUCAACCCUGUGGUUCUCAAAGGGAAGAUCAGACCAGACUCCUCGAGGCCUGAACUUCUGCAGCCUCUGAACUUUGUGCGAUUUUAUCUCCCUCUGCUUAUCCACCAACAUGAGAAAGUCAUCUAUUUGGACGAUGAUGUAAUCGUACAAGGGGACAUCCAGGAGCUGUACGACACCACCCUGGCCCUGGGCCAUGCAGCGGCUUUUUCGGAUGACUGCGAUUUGCCCUCCUCCCAGGACAUACACAGACUGGUGGGGCUGCAGAAUACAUAUAUGGGGUAUCUGGACUACCGGAAGAAGACGAUAAAAGACCUCGGCAUAAGCCCCAGCACUUGCUCUUUCAAUCCUGGUGUGAUCGUUGCCAACAUGACCGAAUGGAAGCACCAGCGCAUCACCAAACAAUUGGAGAAAUGGAUGCAAAAAAAUGUGGAAGAAAAUCUCUACAGCAGCUCCCUGGGAGGAGGGGUGGCCACCUCGCCAAUGCUGAUUGUGUUUCACGGGAAAUACUCCACCAUCAACCCCCUGUGGCACAUAAGGCACCUGGGCUGGAAUCCAGAUACCAGAUAUUCAGAGCAUUUUCUGCAGGAAGCAAAACUCCUCCACUGGAAUGGACGGCAUAAACCUUGGGACUUCCCCAGUGUUCACAAUGACUUAUGGGAGAGCUGGUUUGUUCCUGACCCUGCAGGGAUAUUUAAACUCCAUCACCCCAACAGCUGAGAGAAUUCGACCUUUUAAGUAUUUCCUGCAUAAAUGUGUGGAAUGGUCCAUUUGGAGCCUGUGUAACAGUUUGUUCUUUAUGAACAGUACCUUUGGUACGUGUGAUCCAUGAAACCAAACCCAAGAAACGCUCUGUGUACAGAUACUACCUGGGAUCAUACAGGUAUUGAUUUACUUCCUUAAGGACAAGUGGCAUUUAUGGAAGAUCAUGUGAGUGAAAUAAACCCAGCUAGAUUUCAGCAA